AUGGCUUCAAAGAAAAAAGUAGCAUUAAAUGAUUAUGAUCUGACUACCACACUAGGAACAGGAUCAUUCGGUCGUGUCAGACUAGCCAGAAAUAAAAAAACAGGCGAAUAUUUUGCUAUGAAGAUUCUCAAGAAGGCAGAUAUUAUUAAAUUGAAAUAAGUUGAUCACGUAGGAUUAAAAGGAUUUUCACAGGAUCAAAGGUAUUUGUAUUUCUUGAUGGACUACAUUCCCGGUGGUGAACUUUUCACUUAUUUGAGAACAGAGGGAAAAUUAAGUUCGGAGCACGCUCAGUUCUACGCAUCGCAGGUGUGCUUGAUGUUCGAGUACUUGCACUCGAAGAACAUCAUCUACAGAGAUCUGAAACCAGAAAACAUCUUGAUUGACGAGGAGGGGUAUUUGAAACUGACUGACUUUGGCUUUGCUAAGUAUUGCGAAACCAGAACUUACACUCUUUGCGGAACCCCAGAGUAUCUCGCUCCUGAGGUUCUUCUCAAUAAAGGGCACGGAAAACCAGUUGACUGGUGGACCUUAGGUAUUCUAACAUACGAAAUGAUCGCUGGAAUUGACCCUUUUAAUGAUGAUGAUCCUAUGGCCAUUUAUUAAAAGAUUCUGAAAGGCAAGAUUAAGUUCCCUCGUGAUUUCGAUAAAAAUGCUAAGAGUUUAGUAAAACAUUUAUUGGUAGCAGAUGUCACAAAAAGGUACGGGUGCUUGAAGAACGGAGCAAACGACAUUAAAAAUCAUAGAUGGUUUAAGAAUCUUGACUGGUAUAAAUUAUCAUAACGUAAGGUGCCAGCUCCAUACAUCCCACAAAUAAGCAAGGCAGGUGACACCUCUAAUUUCUCUGAGUACCCCGACUCUGACACGAUGUCACCGGAAGUAUCAAAGAAAGAUGACCCUUUUCUAGAUUGGUGA